AUGCCCUAUUAUUGUCAAUGCAGCCCAGUGGGAUCGUUAUCAACCGCUUGCGAUAAGCGCUCCGGCCAGUGUUCCUGUCUGCUGAACGUGGCAGGUCGUCGUUGCGACAAGUGCAAAGCAGGUCACUGGAAUCUGACACAGGGCGUGGGUUGUCACGACUGCCAGUGCGAUCCGCAUGGUUCGCGGAGUCACGAGUGUAAUCCGUGGACUGGCCAAUGCGACUGUAAAAUUGGCGUUGGUGGCCGUCAUUGCAAUGAGUGCACCGAGGGCUUCUAUGGGUUUAGUACGGAGGGCUGUCAGAGAUGCGCCGCAUGCGCGGCAGAGGGUCAGGUGUGUGAUCCACUUAACGGUCGCUGUAUUUGUCCGAAAUUCACACGCGGUCUGGGCUGUGCACAGUGCCAACCCGGCACCUGGGGCUGGCAAGCGCGUCUGGGCUGCCGUGAAUGCGAGUGUGACCACAUUGGCUCCAUUGGCCAACACUGUGCUGCUGUCGGCGGCCAAUGCCAGUGUCGUGAAGGAUACGCGGGCCGCACUUGCAACAGUUGCGCCAUCGGCUACUUUGGAUAUCCCGAGUGCCGACGCUGUGGUUGCGAUUCAGCAGGAUCAUUUAUGCGAGCCGAUGGUCUAAUUGCCUGCGACUCGAACGGUCAGUGUCCUUGCAAAUCGCUAGUGGUGGGCCUCAAGUGUGACACGUGCAUGCAGAGUACCUUCGGCUUGUCGUCUCUCAAUCCUGAGGGAUGCACUAGAUGCUUUUGCUUUGGACGCGCUGCAGAGUGUGAGCAGAGUGAACUUUCCUGGGGUCACAUUCGCAUGCCGGAAGCGCGCAACCUUAGCAUACAACAGAUUCGCCCGCAACACGUUCCCAGCGCUGAGUUCGAAUACAUUGUGGUCGUCCAAAUGGCGGGCAGCGUAUCGUAUCGUGAGGAUGCGGAAAUACAACGCAUGAACGACCUGAGCUUGGUGCCGCGCUCCACGGGCAACGUGUCGAUUGGCGCCUACUCACAGUUCUAUCAGCCGUUGUACUUUCAAUUGCCCCCGCAGUUUUACGGCGAUCGCACCACCAGCUACGGAGGCAACUUGUACUUCUCGCUGCUCACAGAUGGCGCCCACACACCGCUGGAGCGCAAAGUCCUGGCUCAGUAUCCGCUGGUGCAACUUCAUGCACAUGCCAAGCUGGUGUUGGACUUCUACGAGUACGAGGAGUUUGAGUACUCGCUGAAUGUGACGCAUCGUGUACCGCUGCAUGAGUCCUACUGGAAGUACCAUCAUAACAGUCAGGCUGUGGACCGUGGCACAUUGAUGGCAGCUCUGCAAAACAUUCGCCACAUAUUUCUUCGCGCCUUUGCCUUUGCCGAGUUUCAGCAAGUCGUACUGCAUAAUGUGCACAUGGAUGCUGCCAUUUAUGUGCAAGGCUCGACGAAUCUCAUUGCAAAGGGCGUGGAGCGCUGCAAGUGUCCCAAACGAUUCGAUGGCCUGUCUUGCCAGGACCCAGGACACUCUUACUAUCGCUGGCGCAAUACAAGUGACGUGGAGAGCGUUUUUAUUGAGGAUCUAAUCGGACGUGCUGCACCCUGCCACUGCAAUGGACGCAGCAAUGAUUGUGAUCGGGAAACGGGCGUGUGUUUGAAUUGCCGCGACAACAGCGGAGGCUCGCACUGCCAACAGUGUGCUGAUGGUUUCUACGGCGAUCCCAACUCACGCCAUGGCUGCCAGGCCUGCCCGUGUCCGGAAACCAACCGCAACUUUGCCCGCGGUUGCAAUGUGAGGGAGGGCGAGGUCAGCUGCAUCUGCAAGCCCGGCUACACGGGACGCCUUUGCGAGAAAUGUCGCCAGGGCUUCUUUGGCAACCCGAUGCUCUACCCGAAUAGCAGCUGCGAGGCGUGCAAUUGCAAUCCGGAUGGCAUCCGGGCUGAGGGCUGCGAUUCGGAGACGGGACAAUGUCAUUGCCGACAAGGCGUCACAGGCCUCAAAUGCAAUAAGUGCGUGGCGGAGCGAUAUCAUUUGGUAGAAGGCGGAUGCAGAGUCUGCGACAAUUGUACUUUGCUUCUGCUGGACUACGUGGAACUGGUGGGUCAUAAGUUACGCCGUGGACUGCACAACAUGGAUCUUACGGGCAUACCGGCACCGUACUUGAAGUUGUCCGAGUAUGAGCGCGCCUAUGAAGUCUGGCGUGAUCGUCAGCAGGAUUAUAGCCAGGCUAAGCAGCUGCUUCUCGACUACGACACCGCAGCGCUAAUAAAACUCGACGCACAUGCGGAGAAUGGCAAGUUUCGAUCACGGAAGGCAGUGGCCACGGUUGGUAAACGCCAACAUGCACUCAACUCCAUGCAUGACGCAGCACUGGUCGUCCAACAGGAUGUGGACUCCCUGCGUACUGAGAUCAGGCAUACGUUGCACAAUUUACGCAACUACGGCCAAGGAGCCCAGCAUCUUAGCCUGCCGACGGCUCUUAAACAGGCCCGCUUUUAUCUGCAGGCCAUUCAGCAGCAUCAUCAGCUUGUGCAGGAUAUUCGCAGCACCAACGAUUGCGCCUGGCAGCAUUUCUAUUCCACGGGCAAUGCCUCAGAUGCUGCGUUCGAUCAACGUGCCCGCCUAGAAAUGCUCUGGCGUGAUCUCAAUCAAACCAACCGGCGAGUGGCGGACAUGCGUCUGUAUAUUGAUCGCACCGAAGAUGUGGAAAACGAGGCAGAGGAUGUGCUCGAGCAUGUGCGCAAUUUGAGCGGUCAUGUGAUGGAGCAGUACCAUCAACUGGGUGAUCUUGGCGAGCGCAUCGGCCAGCAUCUUAAUCAGAGUUAUGUUGAGCGUGGCGAAGACAUGUUAAGAACAGCAAUGGAGCACCAAUCCCAACUCAAUAAGCAGCGACAUCAGCUGACAGUCUCGGCUGCACUUCUAGAUGCCACACUCGAAACUCAAACGGAGCUGCAGCGGGAAGUGCGAAAGCAUUGGCUACCCAAGGCCCAGAAACAUGCAUCCCGUCUGCUCGAGCGUUCCAAUGAGUACGCCAGGCAAUUUCAACCAACUAGGAAUGGAGCACGUAUUGCAAUGCUUGCCAGCUCUGCACAUAGUAACAUAUCUAAAGCCAUUGAGAAUGCUCGCCAAGCCUCUCUGCUAUCCAAGGAGCGAGUCUACGAAGCACAACGUACGCUCUAUCCAAGCGAUGGAAGUUCAAUGAUUGAACGAGCCAAACACUCCUUGCAUAACUCAAAGCAACUGCAACGAGAGGCAUUGCAGCAAAUGCAAAAGUCCACGGUACUCAAGGGCAAGCUGCAGGAGCAAGAGAAGCAGGUGAUGGGAAUUAAGCGUACCAUCUUCGAGACAGGCCAACGCAGCAACAAUAUAACCAGCCAACUGCAGCUACUGAAUAACAACUCGGCACGUCGCCUCGCCCAAGCAAGCAUGGAGCUCGCCCAGAAGACCAGCGAAGAGAUGCACGCGGAGCUGCACACGGCUCGAGAAAUGCAACAAUCCAUACAAAAUAUGCGUAAAUCAUUUGCCAUGCUCGAGCCCGACUGGGAGAUCAAAUUGGGCAUGGCGGAGGAGAACAUCUCGUUGACCAAAACGAAUUUGAGAUUGGCUAACGUUUCACUCAGUUACAUCGAGCAGCAGUCGGCCAAGGAGCAACAAGUCUUCGAGACAUGGAAUAACAGCAUGUCCCAACAGCUGCAACAACUCAGGGAUCAGAUUGCCAAGGCACGGCAUGCGGCAGAGGCGAUUGACGUCUCACUGGAGUCCCUGGGUCCGAAAUGCAGUCGCACUUAUUUGCCCGUCUCCUAUGGCUUAAGUACCUCGAAUUCCUUACGUUUAAGCUUUGCUUUAUCAAAUCAUAUGGGCAACUCCCCCUUAUUGCAUGUCGAGGGUAGCGAAGGGCGACACAUAACAUUGGAAUUGUACAAACGACGAGUGCGUCUAAUUUGGAAUCUGGGCGGAAGCACGACGACAAUCUCACACCCACUGGAGGUGCAGACCCGGGAUCCCAAGUUUGAUGAUGCCUGGUACCAGGUGGAGGCGAAUCGUACAUUGAAUCUAGGAAGCUUGCUCGUAAGGCGUAUGAAUAACUUUGGGGCCCUAGGCCAGGCAUCGCCAGUAACGGGCUCCACUGAUGCGGAGCAUACACGCUUCAUUCAGACGCACGACGAGCAUAUUUUGCUUGGAGGCUAUGCGGCCAAAGAGCUAACGUCGGGUCUCAAUGUGGUAGUGCAUCAAGUGGAGGUGGAUAACAAGCCAUUGGGCUUAUGGAACUUUGUCGGCAGCGAUGGACGUUGCGGUGGCGCCAUGAUUGGCGCGAGGGAAUCAUCAGCUUCUUCGGUGGCACGUCACUUCAAUGGCUUGGGAUAUGCCCAGCUAAAGAAGACACGUCCACGUCCCUAUCGCAAGAAUCUAUUUGCUCUGCAGAUGACCUUCCGCACUUUGGACGAGAAUGCGUUGCUCUUUCUGGCGGUUGAUGACAAGAACAACCGCUCGGUGUCGGUAACAUUGAGUCGCGGACGCAUCAUGUUCCGUAUCGACUAUGGCGACGAAUCCAAGCUAGAGAUCAAUACGACAAAGAAGUAUAAUACUGGUCAAUGGAUCAAAAUCGAGGCAGCCAGAGAAUUCUCCGCAAGACGCAGCACUGAGAAUGGAAUGCUGCGUGUGAAUAACGAUCGGGCCAUCUCCGGAGCACCCACAUUGCCAGUGAAAAGUCACAUGCUACCAGAUCUAUCAAAGGCUAUGUAUUACUUGGGAGGCGUGCCCCCAGGCUUUACUUCUGGGACCACUAAAGCGCCCGGCGCAGAUAAUCCUUUCCUUGGCUGCAUGAUGGAUGUGCAGGUGAACGGGGAGACCUACGAUCCGCUCGAGAGUUCCACAUACUUUGGUGUGGAGUCCUCUUGCAAAGAUAUGAUCACCAAAGCUGGCUUUACCGGCAAUGGCUAUCUGGAGCUGCCAUCUCAGUCGCUGAAAAAACGUGCCAAUACUGGCCUGGUCUUUCGCACACUACAGCCGGAGUGUCUGCUGUUGCUCGCUGCUUAUCCGCCGGAAGUAUUGGCUGAUUAUGAUGCCAAGGACAUUAAGGGUAACUACUCUAUGAGUUUGAUCGAUGGUCAGCUGCAGGUGUGGCUCAAUUCUGGACGAAGCUUUAUCAAGAUGUACUCUAAUAAUGCAAGUCGGUUGAACGAUGGCGAGCUGCAUGUGAUUAAUCUCAUUAAGACUGGACGUAGGCUGGAGCUGAUGGUGGACGAUGAGCAGCAGGAUGUCCGCAGCUUGAGUGGCAUUCCGCUAGUUAGCCUGCCCCAAGAUGCAGGUGGUCUUUACAUUGGGGGGGCACCUCCACAUGAAAGUUACACACCCUUGGCACCAACAUUUGUCAAGCUAGAAGGAGCCAUACGGGAUGUGGUGUUCAACAAUCGUACUAUUAAUUUUAAUGAUGCAUUGACUUUUGCCAAUGUACAAAUUGGACGCAAUGGUCCAGUUAUGGGCAGUCUUAAGGGCGGCCUCUACGAUGUGCUGCUUAAGACGGAGCCGAUGAUUGGCAAGAGCUUUACUGCUUCGCCAGAGGGCUGCAAGCGGAUUGGCAGUUACUCCUACGAACCGAAUGCUUUCAAGUUUGGUGAUGAGCUGUACAGCUAUUCUCAGCUGAAGCUACCGGAGCGUCAUUUCUGGCAGCGAAACUUUCAUCUGAGCUUUGACUUCCGCUCCUUUUAUCCGAAUGGCAUGCUUUACUUAUCACCGGGCAGCAAGGAGAAACCAAAGCAUUAUGUUGCGCUACUCCUCAAGGAUGGGCAACUGGUGUUGAUCGUACGUGGACGACGUCGCGAGGAGCUGCAGCUAACGGCCAAGUUAAAUGAUGGGGAGUGGCAUCGGGUGACGAUCAGUUGCCAUGACCGCAAGGUCACCAUGAGUGUGGAGAUUGGUCGAACGGAUCAAAAGACAUCGGCCCAAAUGAAGGUGCCAAAAAAGAUUGGCUCAUCGCAGCUUUUGCUAGUCGGUGGUCUACCCCAGAUGCCUGUGAAAGUGCCCUCUGAGAUCUACAUGCGCCUGGAAGCAUUCAAGGGCUGCCUUCGACGCGUCAGCAUUAACAAUAGCACACAGGAUCUGGCCCGUCCAGGCAAGCACUCAAAUGUGGGACAAUGUUUUCCCAAGGUGGAGCGAGGCAGUUACUUUCCAGGCGAUGCUUAUGCCAUAUAUAAAAAAAAUUUUCAUGUGGCUAAAUAUUUGGAGCUGGAAAUGGAAUUUCGCACCUCUGAGCUAUCUGGAGUUUUGCUAAGCGUUUCCGAGCCAAGCGGCUUUCCAGCACUUUCUCUGGAGAUCAACAAUGGCAAUAUUGUGUUCUCUUGUGAUCUGGGAGAUGGUGUGCCCUUCCGGGUGAAAUCAAAGCUGCCUGAAAAAUAUGCACUUUGUGACAACAAAUGGCACAAUAUAUCAGCACUCUACGAUGUAGAGCAGAUUGCCUUGCGAAUCGAUCAGAUGCCCGCCACGAUCAGCAUGUCGAAUCAACGCAAUGCGGGCAGAGUGCAGACCCGAUCUCCGCUUUACAUAGGCGGACUGCCUGAUAUCGCAUCUAGCGGUUGUUUGUUGACACGUGACAAUUUUAAGGGUUGUAUUCGCAACGUUUCCAUACGCAACGAGAGACGGGACUGGAUUGAUAUGGAUGAUUUGCACAAUGUUCUGCUUAGCGAAUGUCUCGUUUCCAGCGAUGAAAACUGAUGCUGGUUCCUGCGUUGACGCCACACUGAAACUUUUUCCAAAUGUAUUGUGAUCACUUAAGAGUUUUAUAGCAAUAGUCUUAGGCAACGUCCAGUUAUUUAGCAUAUCACUGCCAUAUAAGUAAAAUAAUAUUACCCAAGUUA